AUGGCGGAGUCCGUGCCAGAGAAGGAAGACCAGGCGGCGUUGGAUGCGCAAGUCGCCAGGAAGGAGCAUGCCCUGGCCCGCAAGCGUGCAGCGACGGACGUCUGCACGGUGGACGUCAAAGCCUUCGUAGACCGGGUAAUGGAUGAAGGGACUUGGCUCAGCACGGUCAAAGAUGCAGUGGCUUUCGUGGCAGCCCAUGUCGACCGGGCUGCGGCCUGCCAGAAGUAUCCGUCCCAGAGCGACAUCAAACGGAUGCUGGGGCAAGGCCGGUCCUGUCAGACCGGUGGCAGCCUGGGUUGGCUGAACCUCCAAGAAUAUGCAUUCAGCCCAGAAGUUCUGCCAUCCUCGCGCGUGGUCUUCUCGGCGCA